AUGUUGCAGCUCUUCAGAUGUGGAAUUUCUAGAGGGGAUUUCCGACACAGAGCUUCAACAAAGCUGGCGGUUACCAACCUGUUGUUUGGAUGUCCAUUGCUUCAGAAUUUACAUAUAAAAGUUGGAGACAAAGCUGAACUUACCAGAGUUUUUACACAGAAUGAUGUCCUUACUUUUUCUCAUUUAACAGGUGACACAAAUCCUUUGCAUUUAAGUGAAGAUUUUGCCAAGAAAACUAAAUUUGGUAGAACUGUUGUACACGGAGUUUUGAUCAAUGGACUUAUUUCUGCAGUUCUGGGUACUAAAAUGCCUGGUCAGGGCUGUGUGUUUCUUUCUCAGGAGAUUCGAUUUCCAGCUCCUCUGUAUACUGGAGAAGAAGUGAUAGCUGCAGUGGAAGUGAAGCGACUGAGGAGCUCUGUUGCACGCGUCUCAGUAUCGUGUAAAGUCAGAGAAAGUGGAAAGACUGUUAUGGAAGGGAUGGUGAAAGUCAUGGUGCCAGCAAGUUCGAGCUCUUGAUCUUGUGUUUCUUCACAGUAAAGACAGAAAUGUAUGCUUGGUUUUGA